AUGAUCUACGCGCUUUCCGUGGCCCUGCUCCUUGGGGUUGCCGUUACGGCCCUACCAGCUACUCCUGUUAGUCCUCUUCUUGAGAGGCAAGCCUGUUCCCCUUCCUCCAACAUUCCUGCUGUGUCAUCUACAUACCUUCCCGAUCCCUUUGUCUUCGCAGACGGGAGUCGAGUAACGAGUGUUGUUCAAUGGAGCUGCCGCCAGCAAGAAAUUCUCAAUGCAUAUCAGCAGUAUGAAUUUGGAGACUUACCUCCCGCCCCGUCUUCGCUUACUGCCAGCUUAAACGGUAAUACUCUCUCUAUCACUGUUUCGGUAUCUGGAAAGUCUUCUACCUUCACUGCCUCCAUCUCAGGGCGGUCUGGAUCUUCAGCCCAGCCCGCCAUCAUCGCCAUCGGUGGUUCUUCUAUCCCUAUCCCAUCCGGCGUAGCAACUAUAGCCUUCAAUAAUGAUGGCUUCGCGCAACAGAAUGGUGGUGGAAGUCGGGGGAUAGGAACCUUUUAUGAUCUUCAUGGCAAUGGGCACUCGGCUGGUGCUCUCACAGCAUGGGCAUGGGGCGUCUCUCGUAUCAUUGAUGCUCUGGAAAAGCUCGGCUCUUCGGCGACAGGCAUUGAUACCACGCGCCUCGGCGUAACGGGAUGCUCACGCAAUGGAAAGGGAGCAUUUGUGGUCGGUGCCUUGGACAAGCGUAUUGCUCUGACAAUUCCCCAGGAGUCUGGAGCUGGCGGUGCUGCUUGCUGGCGUAUUUCAGACGCCGAAAAGGCGUUGGGCAAAAACAUACAGACAGCCUCCCAAAUUGUUGGUGAGAAUGUAUGGUUUUCCACUCGAUUUAAUCAGUGGACAUCCAAGACGAACACACUGCCCUAUGAUCACCACCUUCUUGCAGGCCUCAUCGCACCUCGGGGACUCUAUGUCCCUGAGAAUGUUAUCGACUGGCUCGGUCCGGUGUCAACUACCGCUUGCAUGAGGGCAGGCCGAUUGAUUUACAAAGCUCUAGGCAAGCAGCAAAACAUGGGAGUCUCUGUGGCUGCAGCUCAUAACCACUGCCAGUUCCCCGGCAGUCAAAACUCGGAGCUUACGGAGUUCAUCAAUUACUUCCUCUUGAAGGGCAGCUCCGCGCCUCAGGACCUUGACAAAUCUGCUGUGUCAGCUGAUGUUAAUAAGUACAUUAAUUGGAGCGUGCCAACUCUCGCAUAG